AUGCCCGAAAUGUCACGUAUAAACCCACGUCGUUAUCAACCACAAAUGAAGGAAAUUCCUGAACCCCUUCACAAAAUUGCCAUUUUAGGCAAAUCGGAAUUCACCGCUGGACUUGAAAACUGCUGGCAGGUUUAUGAAGCCCAAAUUCAAGAAUCUUUGGAGAAUUGCUCGGCCUUUGUUCUAACCAAGAUAGCUCCGGACAAGACAGAAAAAUUGCGAAAGAGUGAGAUUAACUUGGGCGUUUGUCGCAAGGAGAUAGAGAUGCUUCGAACGCUUCAACAUAAAAGGAUUCUUAAAAUCUUUGCCGAAGCGGAGGAAAAUUGGUAA